AUGCAACUUCAAGAACUUAACAAUCGUUUUAAUGAGACAAAUAUUCGAUUGCUCAUUUGCAUGGCUUGUUUAAAUCCAACAAAUUUGUUCUCUUCUUUUGACAAGGAAAAACUAGUUGAAUUUGCAAAGUUUUAUCCACGAGAAUUUUGUCAAACUAAUUUGGUAUUUAUUGAUAAUCAACUUGAGACUUAUAUCAUUGAUAUGCGCAGCAGUAUUGAAUUUGCAUCUUUGAAAGGAGUUGGUGAACUUUCAGAAAAGUUGGUUGAAACUAGAAGGCAUGUUGUUUAUCCAUUAGUUUAUCAACUUUUGAAGUUGACAAUGAUUUUGCCUGUUGUCACGACAACCGUCAAACGAUCCUUUUAUGCUAUGAAGAUUGUGAAAACUAGAUUACAUAAUCGAAUGGGGGACGAAUGGAUGAAUGAUUAUUUGAUGUCUUAUAUUGAAAUUGAUGUGUUGAAGGACAUUGAUAAUGAACCGAUUAGUCAACGAUUUCAAAAUAUGAAAUCCCGUAAAGGACAAUUAUAG